AUGUCUCUGGCCACUCUUGAUGUAUCGCAACAUCCCAACCUGCGCACCGCCUCCACAACGUUGUUCGAAGCUAAGGCGAAGAAACAAGUGACCUUUGAGGCGAUCGCGAAAGAAAUUGGUCGAGAUGAGGUUGCCGUGGCUGCUUUGUUUUACGGACAAGCAAAGGCGUCUCCAGAUGACAUCAAGAACCUAGCAAAGUAUUUUGAUAUCGACCAUGGCACUCUCGAGUCACAGAUGAGCGGGUUUCCGGACCGCGGCAAGAGCAUAGAGAUGCCUCCCAGGGAGCCUUUGAUUUAUCGGCUGUACGAGAUUGUGCAAAACUACGGCUAUGCGUACAAAGCUGUACUGAACGAGAAGUUUGGCGAUGGGAUCAUGAGUGCUAUUUCUUUCUCCACCCAUGUCGAGAAAGAGGUGGACAAAGAUGGGAAUACCUGGGUGAACAUCAAACUUCGGGGCAAGUGGUUACCGUAUACGAGGUUCUAG